ACAUUAAUGACUUUUAGCAGUUUUAUUUUGUUUAAUGUAAAAAGCAUCUCAUAUAGAUUCCUCCGAUAAGGAAUCUAAUAUUAGCCAAGUUACUGCUCUACACCUGCGGUUUGUUUUUGUUUGUUUUUGUUUGUUUAUAACGUUACUGAUUCGUUUCUCUUAUUAACAUUCACGCUUAAAUACAUUUCAGUGAACAGACAGGCCAAACGGGCACGGCCUGAGGAGGUGGAGUCAGAGGCGGGGUCUAAUCAGAAGGCUGAAUCAUCAGUACCUGAGCAGGUGAGAGAGGAGGUGGAGCAUCUGUACAGUCUGCGUAUGCCACUCGACUUCUAUCACUUCUGGGAUUUUUGCAGCCGAAUGUGCCCAGAUAACCCACAAGACGCCCUGCAGGACUCUGUGGGUGUGCGGUUAGUCGGGCCGUUUGAUAUCCUGCGUGGUAAACACACUCAUGUGUCCUCAACACCCAGCUUCCACCUGCACUGGAGACAUUACUACGACCCACCUGAGUUUCAGACUGUCCUCCAGGGCAACACACACACUCACCUGCACCUGGGAUAUUACAGAGAUAGUCCGGAUGCCCUGCCGGUGUUUGUGGGGGAGAACGAGGCGAAGAAGGGCUGUACCAUUACACAGAUGGGGGAGAACCUCUUUGCUGCAGUGCUGCUAUUAAUAGGCAGGAAGAAGCGUGAGCGAGGUGGGCGGGGCAAUGAAGCUCUGGAGAAAUUGGAGGCGGAGUUAAAGAAGGAGGCAGAGCAUCUGGGUUUGCCACUGGAGCAGAAAACCAAAGCCAUGAAGCAGAGAGACAGGAAGGUGGUCAGUAAGACGUUUCAUGGUGCCGGCAUUGUGGUGCCUGUUGAUAAAAACGACGUGGGAUAUCGAGAACUUCCUGAGAGUGAUGCUGGUCUGAAGAGGAUCUGUAAAGCGAUAGUGGAGGCUGAGAAUGAUGAGGAGAGGAUGAAAGCCUUCGCCCCUCUACAGGAAAUGAUGACAUUCGUGCAGUUUGCUAACGAUGAGUGUGAUUACGGCAUGGGCUUCGAGCUCGGCAUCGACCUCUUCUGUUAUGGCUCACAUUAUUUCUCAAAGGUGAUUGGCCAGCUGCUGCCCAUGGCAUACACACUGCUUCAGAGGGGCGUGUUUGCUGACAUCAUAAAGGCUCACCUUGCUAACCGUUCCCAUGACAACCUUGAUCAGCUGGCAGCUGUAUGAGGGGCGGAGUCACAUCCAUGCAUGUGUUUAUUCUGGGGCGGAGCCGCAUUACAGCAAAUACACAUCGGUGGAGAUGAGUUCAUCUGACACACAGUACUCAAAUUCCUUGUCUGGAAGGCUGUGUGUGUGUGUGUGUGUGUGUGUGUGUGUGUGUGGUGUUUAUUAUCUUGUAAUGCUUAAUAAAGUUUACUUCAAUGUGA